AAACCGGACGUACUACACUUAAUCCAACGCAGUGUGAAUUAUGCCUUUAACUGCGUGCCACCACGCUUCCGGGCUGCAGCUGCACCGCGUCAACGAUUAACUUGUUGUGAGAGGAGAAGCGUCCAUGUGCAGAGUCCCAGUUUCAGCCGGCCGCUUUGACAACCAGGAGAAACAUGGCCGUGCGCCUCUUCGAGGGCCGAGAUCACGCGGCCGCUUACUGCAGGUACAGAGUGACCCCCUGUGAGCUGAUCGACACCAUCGUGAGCUACGUGGAGAAAAAGACACCGAACCAGUGCAACCUCGCCGUGGAUGUGGGCUGCGGGUCGGGGCAAGGGACGAUCCUUUUGGCUCCGCACUUCACCAAGGUGGUUGGAACAGACGUCAGCCCCGCCCAGCUGGAGAUGGCUCUGACCAAUGAAAACCCUCCAAAUGUUUCAUACAGGGAGUGUCCGGCAGAGACGCUACCGUUUGCUUGCGGCGAGGUGGACCUUGUGUCGGCCUUCGCGGCGGCUCACUGGUUCGACCGGGAGAAGUUCCUCCUGGAAGUCGACAGGGUGCUGAGGCCUGGAGGCUGCCUGGCCCUGCUGAGCUACUCCAUGGACAUGGAGCUGGAGUACGGGGACGUCCCCGACACGACACUCAACGGCAUCUGCAAAGAGUUUUACACCGCCCUGCUGCCCUUCAGGCAUCCCCACCUGGGAACGAGCUCUUCGGACAUCUACUCGGCCAUGUUUGACUCCUGCCCGUACCCUGACAAAGAGUGGACUGGGAGUCUGAAGGUGAAGCGGAGCUUGCCGCUGAGCGGCUACAUCGGCAUGGUGGAGACCUUCUCCAGCUUCCAGGGCCUGCUGCAGAAGGAUCCCUCUCGGGCUGAACGUCUGUCUGAUGACACAAAGAACAAGUUGAUGUCUGCCAUGAAGGUGUCUUCUCCGGAGACAGAGGUCACGGUGAUUGUCAAGUUUUUCUACUGGCUGGCCCGCAAGCCGCUCUGAUUGAAUCCUGCACACACACACACACACACACACACACACACACACACACACACACACACACCCCUCCCCCGGGGUGGAAAGCUCAGCUGUGUGUUUCCCCAAUGUGGCACAAUUAACCCUUUAGUGUGCCGGGUGUCUGUGUCUACUCCUCUUGAGUUGUACAUCAUAAAUAAAAUAAAUGCAAAAGGUU